CCUCCGCCCUCCGCCGCUCCUUCCCGGUCCGCGCGUCCCGUCCGCCGCGGCGCCGGCAGCGCCCCGUUCCGCGUCUCUCGGGCCGUGCGGCCGCCACGCGGCUGAGUCGCUGUGCGAUGUCCCGCUGCCGCUUUUCCCUUUGCUGUAUUUCGCUGCUGUUCCCGCAGCUGUUCUCAGCCACUGACGGCCGUUUGCUUUUUAACUCCUCCACGUUCUGUCGGUGUUUCCCGUUCUGUAAAGUUACCGGCACUGUUUUUUUCAACUCGUAACAAAGCGUAAUUACGUUCUGUGUUCAUAUCGGCUGCUUUGGUUUCUGACUCUUGCUGCGGGGCUGUAAAACAAAGCCCCAGGCGCAGUUUGGAUGGGAUGCGUUAACUCAGUUGAUGCUAUAGAGCGGUAUUAACCCCACAGACAACUUAAAUGUCUUCAGAAGACAGAGAAGCUCAGGAGGAUGAGCUGCUGGCGCUGGCCAGCAUCUAUGAGGAAGAUGAGUUUAAGAGAGCCGAGUCAGCACAAGGAGGAGAAACGAGAAUUUGUUUGGAACUGCCCCAGAACUUCAAAGUUUUUGUGAGCGGCAAUUCCACAGAGAGUCCCCAGAGCAGGGGGUUUGAAUGCACCGUUUGCUUUCUGCCUCCACUUGUGCUGAACUUUGAGCUCCCACCGGACUACCCAUCAACCUCCCCGCCUGCGUUUACUCUCAGCAGCAAAUGGCUCUCCCCAGCACAGCUCAGCGCUCUUUGCAAGCAUUUAGACAACCUAUGGGAAGAGAACCGAGGCUGCGUCGUCUUGUUUGCCUGGAUGCAGUUUCUGAAGGAAGAAACAUUGAGUUACCUGAAUAUUUCCUCCCCGUACGAGCUAAAAAUGUGCCAACAAGGGAAUGCACAGGGCAGGACGCCUUCGGUCCCCCCGGAUGCCGAGGAUUGUGGCGGUGCAGUGGGCUGUGCUGCAGCUGAAGAAGAAAUUGAUGAAAGAGCUGUGCAGGACGUGGAAUCUUUGUCCAGCCUGAUUCGGGAGAUCCUGGACUUUGAUCAGGCUCAGAGAAGGAAGUGCUUUAACAGUAAGAUGUACUUGUGCAAUAUUUGCUUCUGUGAGAAGCUGGGCAGGGAAUGUAUGUACUUCACCGAGUGCAGCCACGUGUACUGCAAAGCUUGCCUGAAGGACUACUUUGAAAUUCAGAUCAGGGAUGGUCAGGUCCACUGCCUCAACUGUCCAGAACCGAAGUGUUCUUCUGUUGCUACUCCUGGUCAGGUGAAGGAGUUGGUUGGGGAGCAGCUGUUUGCACGCUAUGACCGCCUGCUGCUGCAGUCCACCUUGGACCUGAUGGCAGACGUUGUGUACUGCCCUCGGCCGGGCUGCCAGACACCCGUCAUGCAGGAGCCAGGCUGCACCAUGGGCAUCUGCUCCUGCUGCAACUAUGCUUUCUGUACUCUGUGUAAGAUGACCUACCAUGGGGUCUCACCGUGUAAAAUAACUGCAGAGAAACUGAUGGAUUUGCGUAAUGAAUAUUUAGAAGCCAAUGAGGCAACCAAAAGAUUUUUGGAACAGCGCUAUGGAAAGCGAGUGAUCCAGAAAGCCCUCGAGGAGAUGGAGAGCAAAGAAUGGCUAGAAAAGAACUCCAAGUCCUGCCCUUGCUGCAGUACUCCUAUAGAGAAACUAGAUGGUUGUAACAAAAUGACGUGUACUGGCUGCAUGCAGUACUUCUGCUGGCUUUGUAUGGCUUCCCUGUCAAGGGUGAACCCAUACAAGCACUUCAAUGAUCCAUCUUCCCCGUGCUUUGAUCGAUUGUUUCAAGCUAUGCAAAUUGAUGGUGAGUUCUGGGACGAUGAAAACUAGUAUCCUUCUCUAGCAACAGAUGCUGAAGAAACCAGAGACAAAUGCUUUCCUUUUUUUGUCAAAGCUGUUUGAUUUUCAGUGCUCUGAUGCCAUAGAAGAACGAUACUACCUUGCACUGCAGGAUUCUUGCACAACCCUUCUGUUGCCAGAACCAAAGGAGGCCAUUUUACUCACCCUGUGGUCAAGAGUCCUGUUGAAAGUCCUAGUAGUAAUAUCCAGUGAUAAAGAGAAAUGCAACCACCAAGAAGUUAGAAAAUAAUGGAAAGUCUGUACCAAGAGGUGCCCCUCUUACAGCUCCCGAAUUGCAGAAAUGUUUUUGGAGAGUCCUUCUAAGGAGAUUUACUUUUCAGGGAUGUCAGUUAGUCCCACUGUGGUUUUGGGGGCAGUUGUAUUACAGGUGCAGUGCUCGUUCUGGAGCUGUUCAGUUAUGCUGCUUGGAAAGCGUUGUGAAGCAGCACAGGGCUGCACUCAGGGUCUGAGCCCAUUGCCUCUGUUGCAUUUCUUGGCCUGUUUCUUUGGAAGCAGCUCAUUGCUGUAUUGCUGACAGUGGCAGUGAAGGUGAUGAUCCCUGACAGCUCCUUUUGUUGGCUGUAGAGCCCAUGCUCUCCACUGAACACAUUGGCAGCAAAUGACUGACAGCUGUUUCUCGAAUUGGUGUCACCUUGCUGACUGACGUGGUGCUGCUCCGUGCCUUGUUGCCAGUCCUUAUUUGAGUGCUGAAGCAAUGAUCUGAGUCUGGCCAGUGACAAGAUGAAAAUAAUAUCAAAUACUGAAACACAUCUCUAUGGACAGACAGUCUGGAUCAAUGAUAAUUUUUAGUAUCUUGAAGAAUUCGAAUUUCCUCUCUUACCAGACGUUACCUUGUUCACAAAAUGUUCUUGUAAGGAAUUUGAUCAGUUGAUGCUUUUGGUUCUGGGCUAGAUGCCUCAUUUUUGCUGUUCUUGCCCUUUAAAUAUUUCAAAAAACAUUGUUUCCCCUAAAAGUUCAGUAAGCUGUUUUGGGAACAUGGAAGUAAUUGCUGGAGAGAAACACUAUUUUUUUUUUUUUCUCUGCUUACAGAAUGAUCUAAAAAUUUAUUUUGGAAUUCAAACUCUUUAAAACAAACAGCAGGGUCUGGAUGGAUAGCUCAGGAGCUUGAAAACUGUUAAAACUCGGUUUUGAUUGAUAGCAAAUAAAUUUUAGUUAAAUACCUGGCCAAAAUGAGUGCUGAUUUAGUUCCUUCUGCAGAAGAGAGAAGUCUCUAUUAGAAUUGACAGUGAUUAAAAUAGUAUGGGUGGAUUUCCUGCCUUGAUUUAGGCUAUGGGAUGGUAUGUGUAGAGAAAGUUUACAUUGUGUAUGGUUUACUUGUAUUUCCUGCACCUUUCACAUGCACUAAAUUCACUUUAAGACAGCAAAUAUAGUUGUCUUCCUGUUUGUCUUCAUUAUGGCACUCACACGUAAGCAUUUGUUGGUGUGUGGUACAGCUGUGGUGCUGGGCUCUGGUGCUCUUACACUGCAGGGCUGGGACACUCACAGUCUCUUGAGUUAACACAGCAGAGUUCAGAACUUUCGUGUGAAGUUGAUGCGUGGGGCAUCCUGCUGAUAGAAGUUUGCACAUUUAUGUAAGCUAAGUGCCCUCAGAGCAAAGCUACCUUGUUCUUUUGUGGGACAUCCAAGCCUGUAAGCGAUACACGUGGUGGCAGUCAUAAAGCUGCCAUGGAAACAACACAUGGGACACAGCCAGCUUUUUGCUGCAUCUCCCACAGUAGUUUGCACUCUGCCCCAAUUGUUUAACACCAGGACCUGAACUCUGUGACCAGAAACCUGCUUUUGGAAAGCACUUUCUUCUUGCUGUGCAGCAUAUGUGGACAGACAAGGAGUGCUUGUCCCAGGGUGAAGUGUGUAUUCAUCAUUCUUCUGCCUGGAGGCAGUGCUGCUGGAUCUCAGGUGUAUGGAAGCAGUGCAGGUCCUUUCUCCAAGGACAGAGGUGCAAAGCAGUGCCCAAUGUACCUAUGGCUGCUGGCACUCAGUGGCCCUAGGCUAGAGCUCCUGUACUUAACAGCAAGGCAGAGAAGGACAGACCCUCUCCAGAACAGAUGAGCAGGUGAGUGUGCUCACAGGACAAACAGCUGGCAGUGCAGAGGCAGAACAGCUCCAACCUCAUCCUGUCUUCAUGAAACAGGGCAAGGCGAGCAACUCUACUAACACAGCACAGUUUUUUCCUUGAUGGUUAAUUUUUCCUCUCACAGAAUGCUACCUCCUCAUUCCCUUCAUUUCUGCACACACACAGAAUGACUGUGCUUAAUUACAGACAUUUUACGGUCUUGGUAGAGAGCUGAGACCUCCUCCUUUUUCCUGUAGAAAUUCCCACUCUUUCCCCCCCUCCCUGUCCCAAAGGAGACAGUCACUGCCUGCCAGGCUAGUUGUGUGGGAUGCCUACCAGCAGAGAGCAGCCAAGGAGCUGGGCCCUUACAGUAUGGAGCCACAGCAGCUACUACUUCCAGUUCUUGGUUCCUUUUGUUGCUGCUACUCAAAUAUGCCAUUACUCUCAUUCAGACACGUACAUUGUUCCAUGUUUCACUAGCAUAGAGAAACCAAGCAACACAUACAGUCAAAGUGACUAGAGAAAAAUAACAUUUUUACUGUAGAAAGUUAUAGAUUAACAGCUCACGAAGUUCUUGGACAAAGACAACACAUACUUCCCAGUUUGGCUUGCAUUGAUCUUGUUUUGAUCUUAGCCCAGAAGGACCAAGUGGGCUUUUGCCUGUUCAGGCUCUUGCCCACCUCUGUGGGGUGUGCUUUGUAACUAAGCACACACUGAGCUCAGGGAACAGAAUGUUUCCUUUGAGGAUUAUCUGACAUUUCCUGGAAGCACAUGAAAUGGAGACAGAGAACUUGCUGCUUCAAGCUCUGCCCCAACACAAGUGACAGAGCAUUGAGGAGCACAAACAGAAGUAAUUUAUGUUUGAUGUGAAGAAAUGUACCCUGCUGUAGAUCAUAAAGCACCAGUGCAUAUAAAGUUAUACCUCGUAACUGAACAUAUAAGGCCUCUUUUAGAACUGUGGCAAUGAAGAAAGUCACAGAUUCAUAAGCCAACCAUUCACCUGCAUUAAUGGCUCUGCACUGAGAACUGCUGCUCAAGGCAUCCCUUUUGCUGGCAUCUUCUUACAUCUGGCUCCAUGCUGGGUUCUGCCAGGGCAGUUUGGUCCUGAAAACUUCUAUCAGAUAGAGACUGCACAGCUCUGUGUAACUGUCUGCUCCGCCUGGACUGUCCUCACAGGGAACGUUUUCAUUACAUCCAAUGUGAAUGUCAUUUCAGUUCAUGCCCCACUGUCCC